GCAAGGACUACCAAGGAGCGCGCAGGACUGCCUUAAUUCCCCACUAGUGUAGACCUUCUGUAAGCCCAGGGCUGUCUAUUCCUCAUGCAUAUGUUUGUUCCUGCUACAAUCAAAUUAUUAAGAAGUCCUACAGUAAAACCAUUUUGAAAAGUAGCUUAAUCUACUAUGUUACUACUUGUACUGUUAUAGCUUGCUAGCUCAUCCUGAGACAGUAAUUGCAGGAAGCCAGGAACAUCCUUCCAGCUUCUGGUGAGCAAGGUUAAUAGUACAGCCAACUACUAGCUCCAAUUCAUCUAUAGCUAAUCUAAUAGUCAAUUUAUACAAUAAUUGCUUACUAUACUAUUAGCAUAUGGUCCCACUGUCAUACACACAUUAUGUCUUAGAGUCCGUGCUGCAGCUGGCUACAGAUUUGUAGUCCGCUGCUCUUCUCUCUUAUCUUUUAUCUCAUUAAAAUAUGUUUGCAGCCGGUUUAUAGCUUGUUAUUGUACCUGCUCUUAGCAGCAAAAUGGAUUGUUUAAAUCAUCAUAUCUAGUUCUCUGGUAUAUCAUAUCAUACUUUUCUGCUUUGUUAUAGUAUCGAACACAGGCCGUUGGGUGAGGAGUGGGAGGGAAGUGGUUAGCUUGUUAACACAUUAGCCAAGGCCGUGCCACCCUCCAUGCCUCCGGCCAACUCCUACUUCAUACCUAAAGUCUCUUAUAAGGUUGGAAAGUCCUUAUCAACCUUCUCCCUAUGAUUCCUUCACGCAUUAUAUAAUCAUGAAUUCAUCAUUUUGUCUGAGUUAAUUUCAGAUUAUGUUCUUCUGAGGUCUACUUAUAUCUUGAGAGGAAAAGACAGUAUUGUCCCCUCAACUAUAUUGGUCAGGUGUUCCUUUCCUUGGUAAUAUGCAUAGUAUUCAUAUUAAAACAGAGUUUUCUUGCGAGAAAACGCAUAGGACAGCAAAUUUUCAUGCCAUUUUUUUUUUCAAAACAUAUCACAGUUUUUUUUAGGAAAUGCAUAACAAAAUAUCAUGCCAAAAAUUUUCAAAACAUAGGUUAUUACUCUAGUUACUAUGUGGCUAUGUAUCUGGGCUAUCAUCCACAAGCUGGGAUUGUGGGAUACUAUUGCGGAGCAAAUUUUCAUGCCAUCUUUUUUUCAAAACAUAUCACAGUUUUUUUUCUCGCAAGGAAAUGCACAACAAAAUAUCAUGCCAAAAAUUUUCAAAACAUAGGUUAUUACUCUAGUUACUCUGUGGCUAUGUAUCUGGGCUAUCAUCCACAAGUCGGGAUUAUGGGAUACUAUUGCAGUGGUAUCUCGACGUUUGGACUAGGUGGCACGGGAUGCUUUUACCCAAGGGUGACGAUCUAGUCUACGGAUUGAUAGUCACUAGUACCUAUGUUUCGUGAUGGGGAUUUAGUUUUGUCCUUUUAUUGGCUGUGUGCAUUUUAUGCAGAGGUCGGGAUGGGCUCAGUUGGAAUGUAUCAUCUUGGUGUUAUUUGACUAAGUCAUAAUAAAGCUUCUAUUAUCUUAAAAAAAAUUCAAAACAUAUCACAUUGUUUUGUUCUUUUCAUUUUCAAAGAAGUUGCAAGAUGAAGAUUCAUGAACCGAAAAGAAACCACUAAGUAUAAAGAGAGAGCACUUUGAGUCUUCGACAUUGAUCAAUAACUCUGCUACUACUGCUCCCAUAUUUAUUUGCAUCGCUAGUAAUUCUUAAGUAAAAUUUAAUAUCUACAUUCUAUGAACAGACUGUUUUUGGUAAACGGUAGUUGGCCUUGGGCUAAAUAGACAAUUGUACGUUGCGUUCCAUUAAAAGGAAAUCCCAUGCUUUCUCUAACUUAAUUGACAAGGCAUUCUCUUAGUCCCGUAGGAUUAGGACUCAACUUGAAUGUUCUGAAUGACCGACUGUUCACUGUACAUUAAUAUGCACUUCAUUUUGUAACAAGGACGUAAGGCCAUUUUAGUCAAUGUACUGAAACAAAAAAGUGCUAAAUGCACCUACUACAUUCAUGAGUUGCAUAUUUUGCAUUAUCUUUUUUUUUUCUCUCUGUGGAGAACAAACGUGUACUGAAGAAAGAGAGAGAGCAGGAGAAUUUUAAUUCCCCUGGCUGUCUUAGUUAGCAACCACCACUCAUUACAAUACAUUAGUCCCUGAAAACGAAAUAGCCAACACACCAUCCUCCUCUCUAUCCCCCUGUCGUCCCAAGCAUUCGUUUUUAUAGCCUCACCACAGCUCAAAAACACAAUGCUAGCGUUGCUGUUCACGUCGUUGCCAAGCCACAAGGAGAAGGAAGAAGGAAGAGAAGGCAGAAGGAAGCAGCAGGAGAAGGAGAAGGCCAGAAGAAACAAUGGAUUGCUGCGUGUGCAGUCCCAUGGCGUCCAUGUACAGGCUUCCAAGGAACGCCAUCUGCGCUGCGUGCUAUGAAGGUGCCAAGGCCAUCAUCGCCUUCUUCAACGACGACGACGACGAGCACGCCGAUGCUGAUCAAGGCUCGGUGAAGCCCAGCAGAUUGACAAAGCUCAAUAGCACAACCAAGGGAUUGAGAGAUGCGUGGGAGGAGGUGAAGCAGAUGCGAUGCAGAGAGGAGGAGACCAAGCAGAGGGCAUCGUUUCUCCAGCAAGGCUUCGCGGCGGCGUGGAAAGACGGCAUCCACACCGACAUCGCCGUCAGGCCUGGAACUGGGCCCCCAAUCCAAGCCCAUAAGGCCAUCCUUGCGACCAGGUCGGAGGUGUUCCGCCACAUCCUCGCCGGCGACGACGACUGCAAGGCCCCCGCCGGCGACUCUCUGUCGCUACCGGAGCUGACCCACGACGAGCUCUCCCACCUCCUCGCCUUCCUCUACACGGGCUCCCUGGCGACGUGCACGGAGGAGCGGCACCUGCACGCGCUGCUGGUCGCCGGCGACAAGUACGACGUGCCGUUCCUCCGGCGAGCGUGCGAGGCGCGGCUGGCGGCGGGGGUGGAGGCGGGCAACGUGCUGCGGACGCUGGAGGUGGCGGAGCUGAGCUCGAGCGCGGCGCUCAAGGAGCGCGCCAUGGGGGCGGUGGUGGAGCACGCGGAGGAGGUGGUGUUCUCGCCGGAGUACGAGGAGUUCGCCGUCAGGAACGCCGCCCUUUGCGUCCAGAUCACCCGCGCUCUGCUUGCCAAUAAAGCAUUUCCCGCCAAGACGCCUUAAUAUCCCUUUUAUUUUUCUUCGUUUAGAAUUUAGUUAGACGACGUACGAUGUAUAAGUGUAAUUAAAUGAUAGUACAUGCAUAUCUCUGGAAUUAAUGUGAUCAAUAUAUACAAUUUAGAUUCUUUGCACGAA